AUGAUCACCCAAUCUGCGCGGCGGCCGCUGUGCAGCUGGAAGGCCGUCCUACGACGUACCCGCCAGCAACGGCAACAGCAGAUGCCACAACUAUUCCGCGCAAUGGCUACCGAAACAACUCCCACAGCCUCUGCUUCUACACUACCACCACCACCUCCUCCUCCUCCUUCGGCCGCCGUAAAACCCACGCUUCACGUCCGAAAAUCCAACCUCCCCCACAAACCCAUCCGCACCGCCUUCGCAGUCUACCCACGGGUACCCUCAGCCCGUAAAUCGCACCCCGCGCCGCUAGACUCGUACCACGCGCAGCAAAUCCGCCGUCUAGACCACACGGGGGCGCGCCGAGCGCUAUUCUCCAAGACGAACCCUGACGCGGCGAAGCCGGGCGACGUGCUGCAAGUGACGACGCGGCGCGGGGGCGGGGAGCCCUUCGCGGGCGUGUGUCUGUCGAUCCGACGCGCGGGCGUCGACACCGCCAUCCUGCUGCGCAACCACCUGAGCAAGGUGCCCGUCGAGCUCUGGUUCAAGAUCUACUCCCCCAACAUCACCGGCAUCGAGAUCGUCUGGCGCCGUCCCAAGCGCGCCCGCCGCGCCAGGCUCACCUACAUGCGCAAGCCUAAGCACGACAUGGGCAAUGUCGAUCACCUGGUUGCUGCCUGGCGGCGCACGAGGAAUGUGUUUACGACCAAGGGGCGGGGUAAGGGGAAGAGUGCUAGCGCGGCUGGUGCGAAGCGGUAG